UCUCAGGGGUGGGGUGGGUGGGGGCGGCGGCCGCCGAUAGCGGCAUGUGGAGCUCCGCCGGGAGCAUGCUCCAGUUGCUCCCCAAGCUCCUCAAGUACGCGGCUUUGCAGAGCCGGCGGCAGGAGCUGCUGACACGCUGGGGCCCUCCGAGGGCUGGGGGAGGCGGCGAGCCUGCGGACCGGCUCCCUCGGGGAGGCGGCGGCGAGAGCGCCGGGGCGGCGGGCGCACUUCUCAGCCCCUACCAGGAGCGCAACAGUUUGCAGUCGGACUUGGAGCUGCCCGCCCCGGGCGGGUCCUAUCCAGGGAGCGGUAACAGCGGCUGCAGCGGCGGACCCGCUGCCGCCGAGGUGAGGACCUGGCGCUACUGCUGCCUCCUGGGCACCUGUUGGUGCAAGAGCUUCCUGCUGCUCUGCGCCCUGGCCGCCCUGUGCUUCUCCUCUCUGGCCCUGGUCCGCCACUAUCUGCAGCAUCUUCUGCUGUGGGUCGAGAGCUUGGACAGCCUGCUGGGCGUGCUCCUCUUCGUCGUGGGCUUCAUCGUAGUCUCCUUCCCCUGUGGCUGGGGCUACAUCGUGCUGAACGUGGCCGCCGGCUACUUGUAUGGCUUCGUUUUGGGCAUGGGGCUCAUGGUGGUGGGGGUCCUCAUCGGCACCUUCAUCGCGCACGUGGUCUGCAAGAAGCUGCUGGCCCACUGGGUAGCCUCCAAGAUCGAGGGCAGCGAGAAGCUAAGCGCCGUCAUCCGAGUCGUGGAAGGGGGGAGCGGCCUCAAAGUGGUGGCACUGGCCCGCCUGACCCCGAUACCUUUUGGGCUUCAGAAUGCAGUGUUUUCGAUUACAGAUCUUUCAUUACCCAACUAUUUGAUGGCAUCUUCAGUUGGACUGCUUCCUACCCAGCUCCUAAAUUCUUAUUUGGGUACCACCUUGCGUACAAUGGAGGAUGUUAUCGCAGAACAGAGUUUUAGUGGCUAUUUUGUUUUUUGUUUACAGAUUGUUAUAAGUAUAGGCCUCAUGUUUUAUGUAGUACAUCGAGCUCAAGUGGAAUUGAAUGCAGCAAUUGUAGCAUGUGAAAUGGAACUGAAAACUUCUAUUGUUAAAGGCAAUAAACCAAACACCAGUGGCUCUUCAUUCUUCAACAAGAGGACUUUAACAUUUUCUGGAGGUGGAAUCAAUGUUGUAUGAGCCCAGUUCAAAAAUGUACAUAAUUAUUAGGAACCUGAUGUGUUGCUAAAUGCCUAGAAAUCACUUCACUAGUGGGCCAAGUCAGGUUAGAAAUUAAAAUUCAAGUUGUAUUAUGGCACAACCAACUGACCAGUUCUUAAAUUGCACAAUGGAUUUUUGUUUUGUUUUUAAGUGGAGUACCAUUAAGGGGUAAAGAAUUUAAAUCUAGUUGUAAUUUUGACUGCACCUUUUUACCAUUCAUUAUGCCUGUAAUGGCCUGUAGGUCUGCACUUUAGUGACUUUUUGUUUUGUUUUUAAAAUUAUUUUAUUUCUGUGUACCUUUUAAAUGGAGAAAUAGCCCAAUAUUUUUCUUCAUAGCGUUUUUAUUUAUAAGUCUGUGAAUAGUUGUGUGUAUCUUUCUUAAUGAUAAAGAACCAUAAAAGUAUGCAAUUUAGUGUACAAUAUUCUUGAAUGUCCUUUGCUUUGGAAAUAUUUCUGAAACUGAUAAACAGUAUUUUAUAUAUUAUGGGACCAUUUGGCUUCCCCUUCCCUUUUUAUUUUAAAAAACAGACAUUAACUUUUGGUUGAAUGUAUUUUUGUAUAUCAUCAAAUCAUUGCAGGGCCAUUUAUGCAUAUUCACAAGCUUAUAUCCUACAUUGUGGGACUGAAGUGCUCUUAAGAUAUCUUUUUUAUUUACACUGUGUAAUAUGCAAAGCAAAAGGGAAGCUAUAGCAUAGUUGAUGGACUGUGUGACUUCAAUAAGGUUGGUUUAGAAUUGAAACUCAUGAUCUAAUUGUGUUACAGUGACAUAUUGCCCUCACAAGUUCUUUCAUAAAAGGGCUGUUACAUUUGCAAUUCUACUUUUAAAAACUUUUUUUAAAUACAAAUUUUUUUGGUUUUAAUUUAUAAAAUAUAAUUAGGCUUUUAAAAGGAGAAAUUUCUCCCCAUAAAAAUGCUGGAAUUACUAAUACUGCAAAUACAACACAGGUGGCCUUUAAAAAAAAAAGCAAUGCCUUUUUUUCCAUGUAAAAAUUAAGCUUUAAAUAAACUUUAUAGGUUUAUUCAAGUAUAUUUUCCCCAGAUUUCAGCUUUAAGAAAAUAACUAUAUUACUGUUACAUGUCCAAAUUUGGGGACAUUUUCCUCUUUAAAGAACAAGGUUUUUUUUGAUGGUUGUUGUUUUGGUAAGACUCAGGAAUUCUGAAAUGUGAAAUUGAAAUAAACAUGGGGUCUUGAUUCUUCAUUAUGUAGCCUGAAUUUAGUAUAUAUUCUAUGUAUAGCACUUAUGAGCAUAGGUACAAUAUAUUGUUUUUAGAUGUGUUUUUAUACAGUGCAUAUGCAUUCUUACCAAUUUAUCACCUUACAUUAUGGCUUGAUUUUGAAUUUAUAAUUUGCUAUUUUCAAAGUGAUUGUAUAUUUUUGUGUUAACUUAAAAUUAUGUUUUAUAUUAUUUGCUGUAAUGAGUCAGCCGUCUUAUUUACAGUGCCUCCUUCCAUUUGUUUUGGCCUUCAGGGCCAAAAUUCUACCACUGAUUUAGCCAACGUACAUUCUAAAAUAAUAUUUUAGAGGCACAGGUUCUAGCCUGAUUCUGGGGAUGCAUUUAAUAAUUUUGAUAUUUUUCCGUCUUACAAUUUCAGUUUUAUUUAAUGGUUCAUAUGUUAUGUAGCUCUCCCAUUUUGGAUCUUAUGAUCGUGCAGACAGAACUGGAUAGAGCUAAUAGUGAAAUUAAAAGACAAUCAGUGCAAAUGCUCCAGAGGCAUACAGAAUACAAAACUGGCUUCUGAUUUUUAUUUUACAUUUUCUUGGAUCACUAUUAAAAGAGAAAAUUAGUUUUCUUAUUAUUUGAUACAAAAUCAUUUAGUAAAAAGCGCUACUAUUCAACCAAUGUGCGUGACAGUAUGCCCUGAAUUAUGCCCUAGUUUGACUAAUCUGUAAAAGAUUUAACCAUGUGUUUUUGUUGGUUGAUUUCUGUAAGUAAAAAAUGUA